GUUUUUUUGUUGUUUAUUUAGAAAGAUAGAGGGAGUGUGAGAGAAUUAUAUAUUUAAGAUUCAGCAGAAAAAGUAUAAAUCUCUUGAUAAUAACAUGGAUAUGUCAUCUGAUGAAGCCGAAGACUGGUUUAUGGAGUCAUUAACCCUCUAUAAAGACCUGCAUGAAUUUCAGCUCGAACAUCCAACGAAAACAAUUGAGUGGACUGGAGAAAAAAGUAUAUGUGUUGCAGACUACUCAUCAGGGAAGAAUGAAAUUUUAGAGCUACUGUUGCCUUUGAAGUUGUAUGCAAUGGGGAAUCAGGGCCUCUGUCCAGAGCGGGACUUUAAAGUGCAGCAUGGCGGAUUCAGUGAUGAGCCAGUUGAGUGCCUGAGACACAUCUUUGGUAAACGAUGUGUGGUGACUAGCGGGCGCCAUAAUUCCAAUCUCCAGGUUUGGGACAUUGGAGAAGAUAAUAGUGAUAUUAUCAAGAGGACAGGAGUUAUAUACUGCAGUCACACAUCAGCCACGGGCAGAAAACUUGCCUCUGGUUUCACCGAGGAUCCGUCUGUUCUUCACGGCUCUACAAUAUGUGACGUUCAGCAGACUGAUGUAGCCUCAGGGAGAAUGCUUUAUGCAGUAGAAACAGACUCAUUGGAUGUAGUGAGUGGUCUGCAGUUUCUGAAUGCCAAUACAUUUGCCAUCUGCGCAACUAAUGGCACUCUGUAUGUUGGAGACUCAAGAGAUCCAAAGAUCAAUCAUUAUGCUCUCUUGGAGAGUACGACUGGCUCACAUUGGGCUUUUGGAUUGAGGACACAGUGUGACCCUGCCAUGUGUACUGUAGCAAGACUUUCCUCCUCUGGUCAGGUUAUCGUGUCUGAUCUCCGAAAUCCGAGCACUCCAAUCAGACAAGCUCGGCUUAAUCUGCAGCAAAAUGAUCCCAGCAAUGAGUUUCUGACGGUCACAUGGGCUCCUGCUCUGGAUAACCAUCUCGCUGUGUCAGGAUUUGAUGGAUCAGUGCACAUCUUUGACACAAGAAGCUGGAGCACCGAUUUACAGAUGCCUCAGCCCAUUUUUGUGCAUCGAGGUCAUGACUUAUGUGAAGAAAAGGCUGAUGCCAGUCUUGUGGUCACUACUCAUGUGUGGCAUCCAUGGCGACCAAGAACCUUGCUAUCUGCUGCUUCAGAUGGAUCUAUACAUGUUUGGGAUUGGGUAGAUAAAGAUAAUGAGAGUAUAGAAAAAUUACAAAAGAUAAUUUGAAUUAAAACAUUUCUGUAAUAAUUUUUUUAUUGCAUGAGAUGAAAAAGAAAUAUGUAUUUAGCAUAUCAUUGGCACUGAUGAAUAACAGUAAAAAAAUUAAUUCAAUAAAUAAAAAUCUUGCUGUUUUGCCAAA